AUGUCUUUGGAAAUGGCUCAACUUCGAAUGGAUCACCCCUGUCGUCAAGACGGAGAGAAAAAGUUUAAUCAACUUAAAGAGUUACUACUUAAUUUCUUCAUCAGCGAACUCACUGAAUAAGACUAUGGUAGUCUUUUAAGUAGCAAAUACUCACGAUUUCCUCAUUGCAUUGUAAUCGUAAAUUGAUAGCCUACACGUGGAUUAGUCAAGAAGUUCGUAAGAAAGUUUCUGAAUUCCUAAUCAAAGCUUAAAAACUGAGAAAAAACCUAGUAUACUGUUUGCAGUUUCCUUGCCGCCAUAUUUUGAAGUUUUCUUUCGGUCGUUCCCAGUCUCCCAAAAGAAAAGUUUUCAUGACAUCGUGACGCGGGGUCGGGGGGUUGGGUAGGAGGAAAGAAUGCGUUCAAACUUGCCCCAAAAGAAAAAUAGGCAGCUCAGUUUUGGAAUUUGUGACUUAAAUCCAUUACAGUUAAAAGAGGAUCUCUUGAUUACAGUCCAGAUCAGCAAAAAAUUUAGACCUGAUGCAGUAAUAUUGCCAUACGUGGGCUAAUAUUUUCCAUGCCUUUUCAUUGCAUCCUUAUUAGUAAAGGCUAGUCACAAGUUUAAGCCUGCCCUAGACUAACUGCAGGGAUUUACUGACGUAAGAACUUUUUUCUUUCUAAAUAUAGACAGACAAAAUUGACCCGUUUUAUGUAUUCACCUACCGGAUUAAUGUUAGAGCAAAUGGACUUGCUGACCGGGGACAGCCAGAUCUUGAAAAUAAGUCGCUAACUUUGUACUCAAGGCUAGAAGCCCUUGUAACUGGAUUGCUCAUAGUAUGAAGAUAAAUCUCUUAAUCAUAAAAGGAAAGAAUAACUUCAUCUUAAUAGUUGUUUUCAGUAAAAAUCUGGCCAAUAACUCAGUGGAAAUAAUAAAUUUGGGGGGUAAAAAUCCCGCCCAUUCUACACUUGAGUGAGGUUAUUACGCCGCCUUUUGGCCUCUUCCGCUCCUUGUAUUGAGAUGUCUCGUACUAUACGAUGUUUUCUUCUAACAAUAUUUUCUCACGCUUAGAGGGACUUCAUUAACUCUGAUUUUUCAAGUACAAGACUCAAGUUGUGCAUUUUAAAUCUUUAAUUCUGCACUACAGUAUUUUUCUUAGUUUAAGACAUCACCCCCUUGAAGUUAAGGUACUCCGACUACCGUCACUUUUUCUGUUUAGUAAUUAGACGAUGAAAGAAUUUUCUGAUCUUAUUCAAAUGAAGCGUGCGAUUACAGUCCAACAAGUUCUGGGUGAAUUAACUCAUUUUGGGAAUUCGUGUUUUUCGAUGUUUGACUUAACGGUUUUGGUGAUUAACGGAUAAAAAAAUCCCCUUUUCUUAGAAUUAUGAAAAAAAAAAAAAAACCCGUAGCAAGAACAACACCGCGAACAACAAACAAUAUUGAAAGUACUGUUUCCCUAAUGCAUGGUUUCUUCUUUCACUUUUCAAACGUUAGAAUGUUCCUUUUUAAUGACGGGUCAACAAGUUCAUACUUGCCUGGGCGCGAAGUGCAGAUAUCGCGUGAUGUAUACCUGCCGAUGACGUAGUGACGCAAGCAUACACUUUGCCGCGCUUGGCUAUGUUUAAAAGUCUGUGCAUGUAACAGCCGGCGGGAAUAUACAUUAAGACAAGGAAACGAGAAGAACAUUUUUUAGUUUUGAAUAUCUAGGAAAAUCCUGAUGAAUCCCGAGUCAAGCAAAGCGAAGAGAUGUCUAUUUGGUCGGCUCGAUCAUCAACAACUUGAAGCCGAUUUGAAGAAGGAAUUGAACAAAGACGUACAAGAGAUGAACGAAAAAUAUAAUUUCGAUUUUCAGAGAGGAGAACCGUUAGAAGGAGGCAGAUUCGAAUGGGAAGCGGUUGAGCCUUCAAAACAAGAACAACAAACCACAGGAGCCAGCUGUGGUAGUAGAGAGACGAAAAGUCAGGAAAUCGAAACUGAAAAAUCGCCAGAAAAACCCACGGAAGGCUUCAAAACACCUGCAAAAACCUUCCCGUGACUGUUAAUUCUGUCAAGUUCAUAAAUGGCAUUAUUUCAUUUGCUCAAACUUGUGGAACGGGAAUGGUAUUAACUAGCAUUGAUUCAAGUCCAAUAUUUUCUUCUCUUAUAUGUUUUCGGAUUUGUAAACCGUUAAUAUCCACAGCCCUCGCCGUGACCUCGUGAUGUCCUUAAACUCGACGAAUAUGGAUGAAUUGAACAGUUGAAUAAUUAAGUACUGUACAGUCAUCAUCACUGGGUCAAACCCUACAGGAAAUGAGCAAUUUGCGGAUUAUUUGUGCGUUUGAUGCAACUGUAAAUACGACUUGGAAUUCUGGAUUGUAAAUGGAAUUAUUUAAUUUACCAACAUUGACCUUAAAAAGUUUUAGAUACUCUUAUACUAUUGUUGAAUUUGGUUUAAUUAAUAUCAAGAAAUAUUAUUAUACUUGUCCGCAAAAGUUUAGCUACACUACGGUAAUGUUUAUGUUUCCCUUGUUGUUUUGUUAAUACUCAGAAGGACAAGAAAAUUUGACGAAUUUCUUUUUAUAAUGAUCACUAAAUAUACUUUAUGAAUAUUUCCUCCGCAAUUUAAUGCAUAAAUAGCGAAAGAAAGGCAUAAUAUAAUAAUAAUAAUAAUAAAGGUCUCAAACCGUUUUUAGUUCGCAAGAAUCUUUAAAAUAGAGAUUUGCAGUUUUUAGUUCCGCUUAUAUAAUGGUUUCUCUUCAGAAUCACAGCAAGAUGGAUUUUAUUCUAAAUGCAAAAUCAGUCACACUUUGUUGUCACGCAAGUCGUCACGCAAAGAUUACAGUGACUUAGGGGUCUGGAGGUGACACUUAUUUCGCUCGGAAAGUCCCGAAGUGUGCGCGGUUGUGAGUGGCGUUGAGCAGCUUUCGUAGAAAAAAAACCUUACGAAAGGUAGGUACUUAUUAAUACUUCACUUCUGCCAUAACCAGGAUAACUAUUGUUAUUACCUCUUGAGAGACUGAGUGAGUUUGCUAAAUAUAUUUCUAACUUCACUAGACCUAUGGCUGAUCACCUCCUAUUUUUUAGCGGGGCUCAUUACAGCGAAAUAUAUCGGCAUGUCCCUAAGCGAAACUUGGAGCCUUCUUUGUUCCAUAAUGUUCAUGUUUAACACAUGAUAUAGUUUUAAUGGCUGAGCAGACUUAAGUCCCUCACUUAAAGUCGUGUGGUAGCCAGGAGAAAAUUUGCAGCCAUUUUGUUAUGCAACACCCUUGAUCCAGCACCAUUUGAGGAUAAACCCAACUAGCGCCGUCCAUGACCGUGUAUAAAGAGCUAGUCACUUUCUGUUUAGAAAUAUCAGGAUUUGCUGCCAAUGGUCGGGGUUGGGGGGGCUUUCUUUUUUACAAUAUGAAGGUAUGAAGGUGAUGUUGGCAAAAUGUACUUUGUGGGGAAGGGUUGGUUUGGUAAGCGUGGGUGAUAUUACUUUGUAUUAGUAUGGUAGUAAAAAGGUAAAAGCUCGAAUGAGCCAAAGGCCCAAAUGGCAUGAGCUUAUGCUGGUUUCCUUAGCAUGAAGCAUCCCUAGGAGUAUUCUUCGUUUUCACUGUCACGCAAUAAACACGGCACAAAAAAAUACAUUUGAAACCGUCCCGUGGAAGAAGCCAAGAAAAUGAAAUGUUAUAAAAGACUAAUAUAUAAACUACUUGUCCAAUUCUCAGGUCUUUGUGGCCCACAGUUUCUGAGUUAGUUGCCGAAACAUUUCACGCACCUUUGUAGAGCUUUUGUAUGGAGACGCCAUAACUGUCCACCAAUAUGGCCGCCGGAAAUCAACAAAAACAUCUGGAGUUCACUUUUUCUAUAAAAGCUCCUCCUUUUCGCUCGAGAACUAGUAUACUUGCGCAUAAACAUAUCUUCUAAUACUUGAAAUGGUUAAACUGCUGAAAAUCAAGCGGAGAGACUUUUUUCAAGGAGAUAGCAUUCCUAUUUUGUUGUCACGCACUGUGAAAACUCGGAAGUUCAAACUGCUGUAUUUUCGAAAUGAAACAUGCUUCGGGGCUGGAAACUUGUACAAAGAUUUAUUUCCUAUUAAUCUUCAACCUGGUGUAAAUAAGAAUUCGUAAAACCUCGCUUUUUUGACUUUGCAAUCUGAUGACGUCACCGUGAAAACCAUCAAUUGGUACUCUCCCCUGGACAGGAUUCUAGUCCAUCCCAGGGUUACCCCGUGACAGUAUGUCACCACUACCCAUUUAUACACCUGAGCGAGGAGAGACAAAGUGGAGUAAAGUUCCAUGUCUAAGGAAGCAACACAACGGGCAAGGCUUGUUAACCACUCCGCCACACAUGCCUCCACAAUUCUUGGUUUUCAAGUGACGUCACAAAAAUCCAAACUCCAAAAUUGCAAGAACUUUUAAGGUUUUAUCUCCAUCUCACAAAAGAUUGCUUAAAAAUAAACUUCUGUGUAAGUUUUCAACAAGAUAGCAUUUUCCAUUUCGAAAAUGUAGCUCUUCCUAAUUUUCCAAGUUUACUCUGUGUGACACUAAUAUGGCCACAGAAAAGGCCGUCACAUAUGCUAAAAAAUAAUUUAUCGAAUGAUAUUAUGCCCUUUGAAUGGUGAAAGUAGUAAAAAUGUGUUUACAAAAUAAUUUGCUUGUUCUCUGUGAACAAUGAUCAAAUUUAUGGCGAUACUAAUACCAGAUGUUUGCAUUAUUUCCAGCCACUAAUUUGUGCUCCUCUGGAGCACAAAUAUGGCGUCCCCAUAGUGAGCGCUAUAAAUUUCUGUUACACAUUUUGAAGAACAACUCAGCAGCGGAAAAUUGCAUAGAUGUGAGACUUGGCUAGGUUGUUAAUUUAUCGAUAAUCUAUAAUAUCUGAAAUUCUUGGCCUCAGACAUUCCACGGUUUUGGUUUAAGUUUUGAUGGUGUAACAGUGAAAACCAGCAAUAUGAUAGUUGUGGGUUACAAAAUAUUUUGCAGUCAUUCUGCUCAUUUUGCUAUGUUCUGUCAACAAUUUUACCUCUCAUUAUAGUCUUAUCAGAUAGUGGCUGGUUUUUGAUGAAGUUUUAUAAAUUAUCAGCCAAUCCCAUAAUUAUGUUCUUGUAUCAACUGUAUUUUUUCUGUUUCAGGAAGAUGAGAAGCUGGGCUGUUAUAACUGGAGCAGGAUCAGGAAUUGGUGCAGCACUCACCAAAGAAUUGGCGCAGCAUGAUAUACAUGUCCUUGCUAUAGGACGUAGACUUGAGGCUUUACAAGAAACUCAGCAGCAUGCUCCAGGCAAUAUCCAUACUCUGGCUGUUGACAUAGCAACAGGCGAAGGGCAGAAGAAAAUAUUGGAUUUUAUUCCUGAAAGUGAUUCUGUUAAAUAUCUCGUGCAAAAUGCUGCUGUUGGGGUUCCCUCUCGCCUUCUAGACAUCCAGCGUGAUGAUUUUGAAUAUGCAUUUGCUGUUAAUGUCACAGCACCCCUUAUGCUGGCGAAGGGAUUCUUUCCAAGGCUCAACACAUGCCAAGGAAGAGUUAUCCAUCUUGGGACUGGUGUCGCCACAAUGCCACAGCUAGGGACCAUAACAUAUGGCAUCACAAAAAUGGCAUUUCAACGGUUGUAUGAACAACUUGUGAUAGAAUUCAAAGGAACUCAAGUCCAGAUUGCGGAUGUCCGUCCUGGAGUUGUAGACACUGAGGGCUUGUGGGAGCAUAUCAGGCUAGCAAAGCAACAUAAACUGCCACAUGUCUCAUACUUUGACCAGGUUCAAAAGGAAGGGAAAAUGGCAACUGCAGAAUUUGCUGCCAAAUUUUUGAAGUUUGUUAUGGUUGACACAACAAGUGAGGAGUUUUCCAAGGUGUGGAACAUUCAUAAUUCAGAACACUGGCAGAGAUGGAAGACAGUUUGAAAUAAACUUGAAUGUGUCAAUGAUGUCCUUGAACAACUGCUGUUAUGUUGGUAAGAUGCUUUAAGUAUUGUUUUGACGGCUCCAAAAUUCCUAUCGUUUUAGUAUGGACUGGCAAGUCUCUGACAGUUUUUCACUUAGAAGACAAUGCUUGUCUUUACACUAGGCUGUUAAGUAAGACUUAAGAGCUGCUAAGUUUUACUUAACCAAAAAUUCGUGUGUGAAGGCCUCACGUAACUUUACUUUGCAUCUCAUUAAAGUCGGAAAGUUGAGACGAUUCAAGAAAGUUUCAAGCGACUUGAAAACCAUCCUUAAAACCGACUUAGCUGACUUGCGGUUACUUGCCGUUUCUUGAGGUUUUAGAAAGGCAAAACAUGCCAAUCAAUAUUAAUUAUGUUAGGUGGGAAAAUAGCCUUAAGUUAACCUUAAGCAAAAAAGAAUCGGUUGUGUGUGAAGCUUUAUUUUACUUGUAGUAAUAAUUAAAAUUUACUUUUCUUGAAAGAUUUCUUAGCUUAUUUAGGCUCUAGUGUUAAGACUACCAAUAUUCAGGAAAAAAUUAAAAUUUUUUUUUUCCUUUUCACAGUUAUAAGGUGUAGAUACUGAAAAACUAAUAGACUGAUGUGAAAGUGCUACUAAACAGCUGACUAAAGACCUUUCUUUCUAAAUUGAAUUAUAAAUUGGUAAAUAAACCACACAGGGCCCAAAUUGUAGCUUGUUAAUAAUCUCAUUUAAUUUGAAGCUUUGCAAUUGGUCACAGUAUCUUAAUGAGUUUGUUCUUUGAAAAUAUUAGCUCUUAAGUUUUAAGUGAACAUUCUUUGUUCGUAAAGUGAGUUCGGGUCGUCUAUGCCCUUGUCACAUGACCUUCAGUGAUUUGACACCUGUCAUUCUACAUCCAUCCACAAAGAGGAAUAGCAAACUGCCGAAAUCCAAGAAAUUGAACGUUUGAUUGGUUCGUUUGGUAGUAUAAUAAUUAUGCUAAUUUAUUCGUGGUUUCUCGGAACCGUAGACAAAACAGAAGAAAGUUCUAAGAAUAAAUUCAACUUUUUGACAACGACAGCAUUGCACAGGUGAUUUGAUUUUGUCGCUGAUGAGGUAAUUUUUGUGGUUAUAAUCGGAUACGGAAGUUUUAGAUGUUUCGAAGUAAACUCCCAAUACUUAUCAGCUUGGACCAUAUUCGCCCCAAAGAUCCUCCACUGUCUUUGGGGGUAGCCAGCAUCAUCAGCUAUUUAAAGCAGAAGAAGAUCGAAUUCGCAGCGCAUACUUACAAUAUUGCGGAAGAAACACAGAUUUCUCCUUUAGCAAGGAAAAUCCUCGAUACGGUAUGGAGUCGAUACGACGAUCCGAAGUACGAUCUUAUGUUUGGAGGUUUCGUCUGGAACGAACCCUUUCUCAAAACUAUUCUGCAAGAGCUGAAAAAGUAUCGUUAUCGAGGGCGCAUUGUUAUGGCUGGUCCUCAGGUGUCGUACGUCGAAAAAGGCCAGCUUGAAAGCUAUUACCCUGAGGUGGAUGCUUUUAUUCGAGGAUAUGCGGAGAUAGCCGUGGCAGAAUUAGCAGAAGGGAAGGAAGAUGUUUUAGGAGUUCACUUUGCUGGCGCAUCUGACAGGUAACGAAGAGAUGUUAUGCUAGUAGUGUACAAUAAACAAGGACACCUAACGAUAACUUUAGUUCUCCCAAAUACAUUUAAGAACUGUUUUAGGCUGCCUGGAGUGCUUUUAAAGUACUAAACGGUGCUAGAAAACUGUUAACUUUUCGGUCUUCGGCCGUCCUAGAGCAUACUUUUCGAAUUGUAAGCUCUUUCGUACUUAUUUUUCCUGAAAAGCUAAGAUGUUUAUAUUUAUACGUUUACGAAAUCGAGAUGUUAUACCCAUUUCUGUCAUUAUUUACGAAACCGAAAAUGGUAAGGCUUUCACGUUUUUUCCGCAAAAAAUUUAUAUGCUUUUUAUGAGUUUAUUUAUGCAAGAGACAUAAUGGAACUGGUGGCUCUUGGUUUAUAGAAUCGUGAGAUGACGCUCUUUCGGUCACUCUUCAGUAAUCAAAACUUUUAUCAAUUUUAGGGGAGCGGUCCUUUCUUAUGAAUAAUAGUUUAAUCUAUAGAGUGAAAUUUUGAAUAUCUUAACUUCCGAAAAUAGUAGGAAAGUUUAAGAAAAAACGGCGAAGAUUUCAGAUGAAUGAACAGUACCGCUGGUCUAAUAUACUAGGCUGCGAAAACACCUGUCUUUCCUCGUCCCUUUCCGCUAACUCCGCCGGUCUCCCGGCCUCCUGGCGAAACGUACGUCCGUAGCGGCGAGGAGCAACAUGAGACGGCUGUUUUCGCAGGCUACUAAGAGACGUUCGGGGCGUCUAUUAAUUUUAGGAGCCUAAGAGAAGAGUUGUAUAUAAAAAGGGGGCGUUUAAAAGAGGGGAUGGGGCUUGUAUUAAACAAGGGGCGUUUAUUAUGGGGGUGGGGGGAGUCUAAUAAGUACAAACUUAAAAUCUUGGGGGGGGGGGCGUUUAUUUGAGAGAGGGAAUCUAUAAGAUCAUUUACAUUAUUUUCCGUGUUUCAACAGGGGUCUUCACACAGCCACCACUAUAGCCCAGCUCCCAUCGCCUUUCUUAGAUGGCACACUGAAGCCACAGCCCUUCAUGCGCUGGGAAACAACACGAGGCUGUCCCUACAGCUGUUCGUUUUGCCAGCACAGAGACCCAGCUUCGUGGCGAUCAUCAAACAAAAGCUGGACGAAAAUUCAACACGCGCAAAAAGAUCGAAUCCUCUCAGAAAUAGAGUGGUUUGUUGAGAACGGUGUGAAAGAUGUAGCAGUACUGGACCCGACUUUCAACACCACAAACGGAUACACCGUUCUGGAUUUUUUAGAGCGCCUUGGGUUUUCGGGGAAAAUAAGUUUUCAGUGCCGUCCGGAGCGAGUGACUCCUGCAUUUUUAGAUCAGGUGGAAUCGCUGAGUAAAACUACUGGAGCUGAUGUUAUUUUAGAGUUUGGCGUUCAGACGCUUGAUCCAGCAGAACUUGUGCACAUAGAACGCGUGAAGAAUGCCAAUCCUCACAGCUUAGCCAAUAAAGUUUUAGAGAAACUAGCGCUCGUUCAGAAGCGAAAAAUUAACCACGAAAUCAGUCUCAUUUUUGGAUUGCCCUUACAGACUGUAGAAAGCUUUCAAAGAACGAUUCAUCAUCUUCAGGAGAUCACAGAUGGGUCGCUGGUCGCCUUUCCUCUGAUGUUGUUGAGGGGCACACCAUUAUAUUAUGAAAAAGAAACGCUGGGAUUGGUUCAGGGUGCCGAUAUAGCACAUCCUAUUUUGGAUCGGAUUCAAAAAUAUAUUCCACACGUUGUGUCCACGCCGUCCCUGACUUACAGUGACUGGAAACAAAUGGCUGACAUCGCUGUGUCAUUACAGCAACGCCACCCAGAACACCAACCUCGGAUAAGUCACGCUGAAGCAUAAACCUUUAAGCCACGGUAAAACGAGCGACAAAAACGUGCAACUUUUUUUGCAACAUUACCGCAAAACGAGUUGAAAAGCUUAGUUACGCCGUUUACCACCCAAGUUCAAACCUGAUUUGCAAGUUGCGUGAAUUCUGACUUCUGAUUGGAUAAACUUACGCGGGAGUCACGUCAUGCACGGGAGUUACGUCACUUAUUGCAAAACCAGUUUGUCUUAAACAUAUACACAGUUUGUUGCAAAAAGUAUAACUACUCUCCACAUUCUGCAACAAUUUUUCGCAACGUGCAGCAACCUGAUUUGUUGCUGGACAGGUUUGUGUGGUAAAACGGGAAACAUACCUAUGGAAUUCGUUUUGCAGCAAUGUUGCAAAACAAGUUACAUUUUUGCUGCCCAUUUUACCACCCUGCUAUAACGUAAAAACGUCAUUGGUAAAAAAACCAGGAAUAUUUUUUGUUAUGAAUACUUAUACCAAUUACGAGUAAUAUGAAAAAAAAAAGCCUAGAUUAUAUAUUUUACAGCGCGGAAAAUUUGCGCGGCAAUGAAAAGAUAGUAAAUGUUCCAGGUUUCAAAAAAAACGUUAUACUACAAUGAUACAGUGAAACUAUUUCCGUCUGUCUUGAGAAACCAAUUUAUCUUGACAAGGAUAGCAUGCGCCACAGACGGUCUAACUACGUGAACGACGCAGAGUAAGAAAAGGAUUGUAGCUUGAAAAUACUUACACUAAUUUUUUUGUUGUCAUAAAUUAUCGACAGCAAUGUUAAAAAUUUCGACAGAACAACAAUAUUACUAUCACAAACAAACUUCAGUGUGCGAUGUAUAACAUGUAUUAUUGUUUAGAGCGACAAAAAUGUUUACCUAAUCGCUCUUGUGUUUUGCCUUUUUUCGCCGUUUUAGUUAGAAUGUAUAGUCUACACGAGACCACCCUAUCUGUUUUCUCCAUUUUAGGGGAGGAUCUUGCUUUUUUAACUAUCGGUUUGGCUGUCCCUCUUUUUUCUGUUUCCUUCGUUGCCGCUGCGAGACCAGUGGCGGGCCUUUACGAGAAGGCCUCAAUUAGCCUCCGGCGUCUUGGCCUAACUCUUAUUCAGAGACGAGUAAUUUCUUGUGGGAAAAAAUAAAAAAGAAGAGCGCAAUUCAGAGUUCAUUUCGCUGAAAUUCUUUGACACUGAAGCCAAACCUACACAACACUGAUGACACUCAAAAGAGCGUGCAACAACAACAACGAGCUUUAUUUGCAUGACCAUACAAACACAUACAGUAUUACAAAGCUAUGUUUAGGAAUCAAAAUUUCAACACAGGGCAAUUACGUUAUUUUGAUAAUAAUUUGUCACGAACAUCAACACAAG